GUUUCAUCAUCAGCACCAUCUCGCCCUGCCCCAGCUGCUCAAUCAUCAUUGUCUUCUCGCUUUUCACGACUCCGAUUAUCACCUUCUCCUCGACCAUCAUCAUCACAGUCAGAGAACCCUUCAACGUCAACCAAAACCGGAGGAUCAAGAACUACGUCUGAAGAACGAUGGUCAAAUAUUCGGAAUAAGCUAAACAAAUAUCAACCUAAUAAGCAGCUGACUAUCAUUAAACCUACUAUUCCUGGUAGAGUUUCUGUUUCUGGUUCGAUUAUCCACAAGCGCUCUAGUCGUCCCGGCCUGAAACCAUCGAUCAAGCAGCUGUAUGAAUCUGCAAAAAAAUCACAAUCUAAACAACCGGUUAGCAAAACGCCUUCGAGUACACCACGUCCAGUUCCUAAUCGGCCAGCCAGUCCACCACCAACUAACGCUAACAAUCCGGCGGCUAACCGCCCACCAACUCCAGUUAACAAUCCAGAACCUGGUCCCGUUUUUCAACCACCAGCUCCAGAGGCUCUCGUUCAAGUAGCAGCUGCACCAGCACCAGGAUCCAAAGCUGCGCAUAGAGCACAAAAGAAGCAAGAGAAAGCGAAUAGAAUCGCGAAGAGCCAAGCUAAUGCACAAGCUGCGCUUCAGCAGGUCAAUGAUGUUGCGGGAACUUGCAAGGAUCCAACUGCUCCAGCUAGCGCGUGCUUCGACUUUUACAUUCUUUCAGUGUCUUGGGGGAUCACGAUGCAAGUCAGGCGACUUGACAUUACUGGUAAUGUGAUCAAUAAAGCUGAGUGGGGUGUUCAUGGAUUGUGGCCCGCUAUGAGGAACUACGGCAAGCAUCCAAACCAUUGCAAUUUGAAAAUACCCUAUGAUCCAAGCCAGAUCUCACAUAUACGGGAUGAGAUGGAGGACAUAUGGUUCUCAGCUAAUGGAAGUCCCAUGACCCAUCAAGCCUUUUGGAGGCACGAGUGGGACAAACAUGGCACUUGUGCUGCAAGAUCGCCUCAGAUUAAAAGUGUUAAACAAUACUUUGAAAAGGGCUUGGAACUUUUCCACCAAAUCAAAGUUCAAGCUAAGCUUAAUGCCGCAAACUUUAGGGCUAGAACAGAAAUGACUAAUGAAAAAAUGCAUGAUGAGAUUUCAAGAAUUUUGGGACAUAGGGUUACUCUUGACUAUAUUUCUUAUCCGAGAACAAAAGAAGUUUUGCUGAGUGAAAUAAGGCUCUGCUACAGCCACGACUUCCAUCUUAUUGAUUGUCCAACAGAUGCAAAGUCGUUGAACCCUAGUAAUAAGGACAAGAAUAUAUGGUAUAUAAUCGCUGUAGUUUUACUCAUAGCAGCUUUCAUCCCCGAAGAAAUUCUAGCUAAGCCACCAAGAGCUAAGCCUCGAAGUAAAGGAAUUCCUAAAAGCUCAAAGCCUCAGAACAAUCCAGCGAAUCGUCGCCCUACAAGUACCUCAGUGACGUCCUACAAACCUCGAACUUCAGUAUUCAGACCAAUUCCAUCAGCAAGACCAUCUCUUUCCGCGCCACCUCCACAAUCACCUUCUUCUCGCUUUGAAAGACUCCGAUUAUCAUCCGUUUCUCGCCCAACACGAACGAGAACACCACCACCAUCAUCAAGCAACCCUUCGACGUCAACCGGAAUUGGAGGAUCGAGGAACACGUAUCGUACCCAAAACCCAUAUAUUCCAACAGCGACGAACCCACUCCCAGCUGUGCAGCCUGGUAUCGCUCACCUACCUCCAACUUCGGGUACAGCUUCUAGAUCUAGUUUGGUUACUCGGAGGCACCACGUUAGGGCACGACCAUCGCUCCAACAGCUGGCGACUAGUGCAAGGAAUUCACGAUCUCGAACUCGAAGUGGCAAUCCACCACCUCUAGUUCGUAAUCCGUCACGGAAUCCACCACCUCUACCUUCACUUCGGUUCCCUACACCGCCUCCAGUUUAUAAUCGACCACCAGCUGCAGCUACCAAUCCGCCAGCUCAAGUUGGCAAUCCUGUACCUGGACCUUCAGGGUCUCAACCAGCAGCUCCAGCUGCUCUCUAUCAUUUAGUUGUUGGAGUUUUAAUUGUUCUAACUUUGUUUCUCGAUGAAACUUUCGCUGGACGAGGAGGGGGGUCUUCUAAUACUCGUCGUAAAAGUAAAUCGAGUUCUAGAAAUCAUCCGGAUAAUCGCCGAUCCCCAAGUCCUGAAGUAAGGCGCUUCAGCCCUCAGAAUUCUCAGUUUAGACCAGUAUCUCCAGAAGCAUCACAUUCUCGCGCUGCGCCAGCUCCAACAUCAUCAUCAGCAUCAUCAUCAUCAUCAUCAUCGUCUCACUUUCGAAGACUCCGAUUAUCACCAAAUUCUCGCCCAUCAUCAUUAUCAUCACCAUCAUCAUCAUCAGUACCACAAGCAUCAUCAUCAUCAUCAUCUUCUAGCUCUCAACGACUCCAACCAUCAUCAUCAUCAUCAUCAUCAUCAUCAUCAUCAUCAGUACCACAACCAGGCAACUCCGCAAACCCAAGACCUGGAACAUCACGGACCACGAUUGAAAACCGAAAUUUAAAUAUCCAGAAUACUGCAAAAGAAUUUGCAAUUAAGCAAUCGAGAUCUGUUGACGGACGUUCUAAUAAUAGAAUAAAUGGACCACGUUUUUAUAAGAUUCGCGAAGCGACUGAACGCCCACCACCAACUCUCGAAGAGCUGCAUAACAAUCCAACGCAUUCACGAUUUUCACCCAAAGAUCGCCAUCGACCACCUCCAGUUAAGAAUCCGCAAGCGAAUCCAUCACCUCUACCUUCGUAUGAGUUCAAUCAAAUUCAUCUAGCUCGUCCAUCACGAAUCCGUCAAACUACCAAUCCGCGAGCUGAAGCUGAAGCCAAUUCUGUACCUGGACCUUCAGGGUCUCAACCAACAGCUCCAGCUGCUCUCGUCCAAGCAGGACGUGCUCCAUCUCCGAUUAAUAAAGCAGAGUGGAGCAUUCAUGGACUGUGGCCUGCAUUGAGUGACUACAGACGUGUUCCAACGGCCUGCAAUUUGACAGAAAAAAACUUUGAGCCGGAAUAUAUCUCAUCUAUAGAGAACCUUCUGGAGAAUAACUGGGUCGCACUUAAAGGGUACCCUAACAUCAACAUGGAAUUUUGGAAGCAUGAAUGGGAUGAUCAUGACAGAUGUGCUUCAAGGCUGCCU